UUAAGUUUUACACAAUAUGGCUGAUCAACUUACAGAAGAACAAAUUGCAGAGUUCCGCGAAGCAUUCCAAUUAUUUGACAAGGAUGGCGAUGGUGCUAUUACUACCAAGGAGCUUGGCACUGUUAUGCGCUCUUUAAACUUAAACCCCACAGAAGCUGAACUCCAGGAUAUGAUUAAUGAAGUGGAUAGUGAUGGAAACGGACAUAUCGAUUUCAGUGAGUUCUUGGCAAUGUUGGCAAGAAAAAUGAAAGACACUGAUUCCCAGGAAGAAAUUCAAGAGGCCUUCAAGGUGUUUGAUAAGGAUGGUAACGGUUAUAUCUCUGCUGCCGAGUUGCGCCAUGUUAUGACUUCUCUGGGUGAAAAGUUGACAGAGGAAGAAGUUGAUGAGAUGAUUCGUGAGGCUGAUGUGGAUGGUGAUGGUCAAAUCAAUUAUGAAGAGUUUGUCAAGAUGAUGAUGUCUAAAUAAUAAUCUCUAUACACACACUUAAUAAUAGAUAAUGUACAAAAAACAAAUAAAAAAAAAAUUCUAAUCGUCCCUAUCUUUA